AUGGAUGAUUUGACGUUACUUGAUCUUCUGGAGUGCCCCAUCUGCUUUGAAAAGCUCGAUGUCACAGCCAAAGUCCUCCCCUGCCAGCACACCUUCUGCAAACCAUGUCUACAGAGGAUUUUCAAGGCCCACAAGGAGUUGAGGUGUCCUGAAUGCAGGACUCUGGUGUUCUGCAGCAUCGAGGCGCUGCCCGCCAACCUGCUGCUGGUGCGGCUGCUAGAUGGUGUGCGCUCGGGGCAGAGCUCCGGGAGUUCCUUGCACAGGCCCAGAGUACUGACUGCGCAGGACAGCAGGAAAAGCAGGACCAGCCCCAGAAGCCUGCAGGCCAGCCCUUUCCGGCUGGUGCCCGGUAUCAGAAUCCACAUGGAUGGGGUACCUCGAGCCAAGGCCCUGUGCAACUACAGAGGGAAGAACGCUGGUGACCUGAAGUUCAAUAAGGGAGAUGUCAUCCUUCUGCGGAGACAACUUGAUGAGAAUUGGUACCAGGGGGAGAUCAAUGGAGUCAGUGGGAUCUUCCCAGCCAGCUCUGUGGAGGUCAUCAAGCAGCUGCCCCAGCCGCUCCCACUCUGCAGGGCCCUCUACAACUUUGAUCUACGAAACAAGAACAAGAGUGACAACCAGGAUUGUCUGACCUUCCUCAAGGAUGACAUCAUCACUGUGAUCAGCCGAGUGGAUGAGAACUGGGCAGAAGGAAAGUUAGGAGACAAAGUGGGCAUCUUCCCCAUCUUGUUUGUAGAGCCAAACCUCACUGCAAGAAACCUCCUAGAGAAGAACAAAGGGCAUCUUCCAUCACGCACAAAACACCUCUCCCUGAUGUCUUCAUCCUCCAGAGGCAAAGCAAGCAAUACCCCCACCCUCCGCAGGAGCCCAGGGUCCAGGAGGAAGGGAGCUGGGCAGUUCUCCAUUACAACAGCUUUGAACACUCUCAACCGGAUGGUCCACUCUCCUACAGGACAUCAGAUGGUGGAGAUCAGCACUCCAGUGCUUAUCAGCUCCAGCAACCCUUCCGUGUUCACUCAGCACACGGAGAAGGCAGACAUUCCUGCCAGUUCUGCAGGACAGGUCAGCACUUCCCAUCCUGCACCUGCCUCCCCAGGACAUUCCAUGGCCAUGGUCAGUCCACCAAGCUCCCAGAAAUACCUCCCAGCUAACAUGUUUGUAGCCCUGCACUCCUACACCGCCCAUGGACCCGAUGAGCUGGGCCUGCAGAAGGGAGAAGGCGUCAGGAUCCUGGGGAAGCACCAGGAUGGUUGGCUGAGGGGCUUCUCCUUGGUCACUGGGAGAGUUGGCAUCUUCCCAAGCAAUUACGUUGUCCCAGCUUGCAGUUCAACAACUAGAAAGACCUCUAGCUUUCCAGAUUCCCGGAGCCCUGGCCUCUGUGCCACAUGGACAUUAUCCACCUCCUCUGUGUCCUCCCAAGGCAGCUUAACUGAAAGCAAUCCCCGGCAAAGCCAGCCCUCCAAAUCCAUCUCUGUGCCCACUGCCGUCGUCAAUCCUGUGAGAAGCACAGUUGGUUCAGUGGCUUUACAACAAGGGUCUCUUCGGAAAGGGCGGAGCAGCAUGAGAAAGAAUGGAUCCCUGCAGAGACCAGUCCAUUCAGGGAUCCCCACCCUCAUGGUGGGCUCCCUCCGACGCAGCCCCACUGUGCUGGUCCGGCCUCAGCAGUUCCAGUGUUACCAGUCACACGGGAUCCCUUCCUCCCUGUCACCAGUGAUGGUGGACACGGGACCCAAGCCUGCUCCCACGGGAGAGCCUGCCCUCACCUGCAUUAACAGAAGCAACGAGACCAGAAUCCACUCAGCAGCCAGUUCCCUUAUCAUGGAAGGCAAAGAAAUUCCCAUCAAGAGUGAACCUCCACCCAAACCACCUGCAUCUGCCCCUCCCUCGAUCCUAGUGAAACCAGAAAACUCAAGAAAUGGCAUUGAAAAGCAAGUCAAAACCGUGAGAUUUCAGAAUUACAGCCCUCCUCCCACGAAACAUUACACCUCCCAUCCCACCUCUGGAAAGCAUGAACAGCCAGCUGCCCUCAAGGGACCCCAGCCUGAAGCAGCCACCCUGAACCCAGAGAUGACCAUCCUAUUUGCCCACCGAAGCGGUUGCCACUCUGGACAGCAGACAGACAUCCGGAGAAAGUCAGCUUCUGGCAAGGCCAUGACCCCAGUGUGUACCGCUUCGGCCACACGGGCUGUGUUUCCCGCAAAUGAACCUACGGGUGGCUUUUCUUAG